CGGACGACGACUCCUAUGGAGAAUACCAUAGGCUUCCUUCCUUCAUCAAGGUGUUUUUCGGCUCUCGCAACAAAUAGGAAUUGGUCUACCUCCUCAAUGGGUUGCGGAACAUGGGGAUGACCUACCGUUCGACUGUCGGCUCGUAAUGCCAAAUGGAUCCCGUUGGCCAGUCCGUUUACUAAAAAUAGCCAGUGGAUGCCACUUUUGCGUUGGAUGGUCUGAAUUCUGGCAUGGGAAUAAUAUUUUCCAUGGUGAGAAACUAACCUUCACCCUCGUCGAUAUGGGGAUUUUCCAUGUAAAAAGAUACAAGUCGGGGACCGGUUGCCCACCACGCGGUGAUCUCGAAACGUUGACUGAGGAAGAAGAGGACGAUGAGGUCUACACCCCUGACAUUGAAUCGUCGGACGAUUAUGCCCCCUCCGACGUGGAGUCCGAGUCGGCGGACGACAGUGACUACGACGAUGAUAGGGGUGCGCUUGAUGACGACGAGUAUCCCACAUGGACGUUGAAGCUGACCAAGUCAAAUACCAAGCGAACAAUAGAAAUUCCACUGACUUUUGGCAACUCCACCUCCGUGCUGCCCGCAGCAGAAUAUCGUGCAUUUUCUGGUUGACGGGCAAACAUGGCGGCUCAUGCUCAAGCAUAGCGCGGGCAAGAUCUGGAUCAAGCAUGGUUGGCGCUGAUUCAAAGAUGCUAACGCGUUGUUCCCGGGUGUUUGUUGCCACUUUAAGCUCGUCGAUGCUCAAGAUAUCCAGUUCUAUGUAUGGUUUGAUCAGCCGUUAGAAGCUUGUGUGUUUUCAUUGUGUCGCGGCCAUGUUCUUAGUUUUUACGGUCUGUUAUGUUUGUGAACAAUGUGGUGUGCGAUUUUUCCAUUGUGUACUAAUGCCACCACUUAGGUAUUGUAUGUGCUUAUUUCCACUUUCAUGUUAACACUAGAAAGUUAAGUGCACUAUGAGAAACAUUUCAAAGUCUUGGAUGUUUGAUUCCAAGCACGGGCCGAUGGGAACACA